UUCCAUACAAAACCAGGCCUCUUCUCCUCUCUCAGCGCAGGGCUAAAUCUCAUCAUUCAACAACCAAAACACACAAACAAAAAGUAAUUAUAUAUACGAAUUGAGUCAAUACAUAAAAGAGAUAAAGCCUGACCAAGAAAGAGAGUUGUUUCGUUGAGAAUUUGAGAUUGAACCUCGUUCUUGUCACCUUUUGUAAACCAGAAACAACACGAGGGGUUUAUGACAUUUUAUGUUUCGUUUUGUUUUGAAAUUCUAUACAAACUUUGAAGAGAGGGACUUUGUUUGAUAGAGGGAAGCAAAUGCGGGUAGAAAUAAGAUCGAUAUAACAUGGGUUCAGGACAAAUGGUUGUGGGUGGUGGCAGGGACGGUGGCGUUGAAGGUGGCUGUGGGGGGACUGGAAGUGGGUGUGGUAACUGGUGUAGAUGGAGAUGGAAACAUAUGAAUAAUAAUCAUGGACAUGUUGGGCGAAGUAGGUUUAUGUUUUCUUCUUCUUCUUCAGGAUUUGUGUUCUUUGUCUGGUGUUUUAUUGUGUACGGAUGCGUUGGUUUGUUUUAUGGCUGGCUUUUUGUUAAAAAGCCCUAUGAAAGUAAAGGAAUGGUGCAGCCUUUUGGUUGUAGAAAAGACAGUGAAGGCUCUUGGGCCAUUGGUGUCUUUUAUGGCGACUCUCCUUUCUCUCUUAAACCUAUUGAAACAGUGAAUAUAUGGAGGAAUCAUAGUGCGGCAUGGCCAGUAGCUAACCCAAUUAUGACGUGUGGUUCUGUUUCUGCUUCUGGUUUUCCCAGUAAUUAUGUUGCUGAUCCUUUUCUUUAUGUUCAGGGAGAUGUCCUCUACCUAUUUUAUGAAACUAAGAAUUCAAUUACAAUGCAAGGGGAUAUUGGCGUUGCAAAAAGUGUCGACAAGGGAGCAACAUGGGAUAUACUGGGCAUAGCUCUGGAUGAGAAUUGGCAUCUUUCUUACCCAUACGUGUUUGAAUACCUUGGCCAAAUAUACAUGAUGCCUGAGAGCAGUAAGAAAGGAGAACUUCGUCUUUAUCGAGCAACUGACUUUCCUUUACAAUGGACACUGGAAAGGGUUAUUAUAAAUAAGCCACUGGUUGACCCUGUUCUAGUUAAUCAUGAUGGAAUGUAUUGGCUUUUUGCCUCUGAUCACAGUGGUUUUGGAACCAACAGAAACGGGCAACUGGAACUUUGGUAUAGCAGCACACCUCUUGGUCCUUGGAAGUCACACAAGAAGAACCCUAUUUAUAAUGGUGAAAAGAAUUUCGGUGCACGAAACGGAGGCAGGCCUUUUGUGUAUGAUGGAAAUCUUUAUCGCAUUGGACAAGACUGUGGAGAAUCAUAUGGGCGGCAAGUGCAUACCUUUAAGGUGGAAAUUCUUACUAGUGAAGAAUACAAAGAAGUUCAAGUCCCAUUCAUCUUUGAGGAAUCAUACAAGGGUCGAAAUGGUUGGAAUAGUGCUCGCUACCAUCACCUUGAUGUGCAGCAGUUAAGUUCCAGUGAGUGGAUUGGGUUUAUCGAUGGAGACCGACUACUUUCAGGAGACUCAAACCGUGAGUUUCUUCUUGGCUGUUCAUUAAUUGCAGCUGUUGCUACACUCGGCAUGCUAUUAGGUGUACUACUGGGAGCUGUGAAGUCCAUCAUCCCACUGAACUGGUGCACACAGUACUCAGGGAAGAGAAGUGAUUCUUCCUUGGAUUGGGAAAAGGAAAAUUUUCUUAGUUCAAAGGUUAGACAGUUUUGUAGCCGCUUGAACCGAUCAGCUUCAAUUCUUCAGGGCAGAAUAAAACCAAAUACCACAUCUGGAAGAUUGGUUCUGGCGGUGAUAUUUGUAGCUGGAGUUGCAAUGAUGUGCACAGGGGUUAGGUACAUUUAUGGAGGUAAUGGUGCAGAUGAAGCUUACUUGUGGAAAGGUCAUUAUUCUCAGUUCACAAUGUUAACAAUGACAUAUGAUGCUCGCCUCUGGAAUUUAAAAUUAUUCAUUAAGCAUUACUCCAGAUGCGCUUCAGUGAAAGAGAUUGUUGUAGUGUGGAACAAAGGGGUACCUCCAAAACUGAGUGAUUUAGACUCGGCAGUGCCUGUGAGGAUUAGAGUUGAGAAUGUAAACUCCUUGAACAAUCGGUUUAAUAUAGACCCACUAAUAAAGACUCGUGCAGUCCUUGAGCUUGAUGAUGAUAUUAUGAUGACUUGCGAUGAUGUUGAACGUGGUUUUCAGGUAUGGCGCCAACAUCCAGAUAGGAUAGUGGGGUUCUACCCACGCCUAGCCGAUGGAAAGCCAUUGGAGUACAAGGGUGAGAAAUACGCAAGAAGCAGAAAAGGGUACAAUAUGAUCCUUACUGGAGCAGCUUUCAUGGAUCACCAACUCGCUUUUAAGAGGUACUGGUCCGAGGAAGCAAAGGCUGGAAGAGAACUGGUAGACAAGUGCUUCAACUGUGAGGAUGUAUUACUGAAUUAUUUAUACGCGAAUGCAAGCACCUCAAAGGCUGUUGAAUAUGUGAGACCAGCAUGGGCAAUCGACACAUCAAAAUUUUCCGGUGCAGCAAUUAGCCGAAACACACAAGUACAUUACCAUAAAAGAAGCAAAUGUCUCAUGAAAUUUUCAGAGAUGUAUGGAAGCUUAGAUGGCCAGAAAUGGGAAUUUAACAGUAGAAAGGAUGGCUGGGAUAUAUAGCAUAAAUACAGUUGAAUAGCAGGUUAUACUCUCCAUUCUAUGGAAUAAAUUUUUGCUCUUCUUGUGUCUAUCUAUGGUUUCUUUUUUUAAAACCCCUUUAUUAAUUUUGGUGGGGGACUUCUGUUUACAACCAUAUAAUGGGGUAUAAGAUGAAAUUAGUUGUGAGGGUCUCUUUUCCUUUUGUGUUAUU